AUGGCUGACAAUGAAGGAAGAACUUGCGUUUAUGGCUUGAGACACCAAGCGAGGUGUCUGACAGCUGUUGUUGCAGAUUCAGAUCAUAAUAAAUUUUUAGUCGGUUCUCAAAGUUUAAAACGUGAAAACGAGGUUCAUCUACUUGAUUUUCGUGAAGAUGAGUUUGAGAUAACCAGUAGCGUGUUUCAACAUUCGGAAGAGGUUUGGGACAUUGCCUCUUGUCCUAUGCAAGACGAUCUUUUUUUCACUUGUUAUAAGAAAUUCAAUUCAAAUGUAAUUCAGUCUAAGGCUAGCUUAUGGAGAAUGAACAAUAUAGAAGCAAUAUCUGAAGAUUCAGAAACAAAUCCGCAGAGCCAACGUGCGCCAGUAGCACCAAGUUCACCUUUAGAGACCAUUUUUGAAGUAGACGGUGAUGCGUCAAUCAAAAAAGUUCUGUGGGAACCAAAGAAAGUUCUUACGAAUUUCGCUUCCAUUCAUGAUCAUGCCUUAAAUGUAUGGGCAUUAGGUGAUCAAUUUACAACAGCGAAGUUGUUAAAUACUUUUGAAUUCUCUUCAUCUACUGGGCCUUUGACAACUGGAGCAUGGAAUCCACAUCAACCAGAAAUUGCAAUUGGGAAGGAACGUUCUAUAUCUGGUUGGGAUAUUAAAUCACAAAGUCAGACAUUUAAUAUCAAUGGGGCACAUUCAAUACUUGUACGCGCGUUGGAUUUCAAUCCAAACAAACCAAAUCAUAUUGCCUCGGCUGGUGAUGACUGUAAAGUAAGAUUCUGGGAUAUUAGGAAUACUACCGAAAGUAUCAAAGAAAUAUCCGAUCAUACUCAUUGGAUUUGGGCAAUAGCAUAUAACAGAUUUCAUGAUCAACUUUUUUUAAGUUCUGGUUCUGAUUGUCAAGUCAAUCUCCAAAGUAUCGUUUCCAUUUCUUCAGCAAUGUUUCAAUAUAAUGAAUAUGACGAUAAUAAAUCCGAAGAUGGGUAUCAGGAAACAAUAAGUAGGCCAACCGAUGGUUUGGUGAGAACUUAUGAUCAACAUGAAGACAGCGUAUAUUCAGUUGCAUGGAGUGCUCAUGACCCUUGGGUCUUUUGUUCUUUAUCUUAUGAUGGAAGAGCUGUCAUUAAUAGAGUACCUAGAGAAGAAAAAUACAGAAUAAUUCUUUGA